AUGUCGAUUUUUUCUGAAAGAGUUUCAAUUCAAUGGGAAGAUGAACCUUCUCCUAAUGAACCAACAUCUACUUGGGUUUUAACUGCCGCAAAUGGAGAUUUUGUUGACACCAGAAUCAACUUAACUACAAAAAUCCCAGAGUGGGUAAGUACAGGUAAAGAGCUAGAAAUAGAAACUAAACCAGGAUAUGAAUAUUCGAUCAAUUUUCAAUUGAUUUUAGAUUCCACUUCAGAACCAAAUUCUUGUAAUAGUGAUGUAGGAAACUUCAAGCAGCUCCCAAAUUCUAAUUACAGGUUAGAAGAGGGUUCUAUGGCCAAUCCAACUCAAAAUAAGAAAAUUAUGUCGUAUAAAGAGAUCUGGAGAACUUUAGAUCCAAAUAGAUCGACACCAGAAAAUUUGGUAGAGAUAGACACUGGAAGUAAUUCCGAGAAAGAAGAGAUUGGUUUUGAAAGCAAAGUUUGGGAAUUACCUGGAAAUAGAGGUAGAUUUAUUACAAUCGGCUAUUUCGGUCAAGGUGUUGCUGUUAAUGAAAACUAUGAGUAUCAAACCAUUAGGUUAUAUAAAAACCGAGUAUUAUACAGUGACGGCAACGAUUAUCAAAAAAUAUUUGCUCCAUUUCUCGAGAAGGGUAUUUCCGGUAUGGAAUGGAUUCAAAAAUGUUGA